AUGAACUCGACAGCCUUCCAACCACCAAGUCCUGUUCCUCCUCGGACAAGUUCAGCCAAUGCAAUAAAUGGCACGGGGAGCCCCUCCCACCAACCCAAGUUGUCGGUGACAGAUGAAGAGCCGACGAAAACUGCACAUAGUGGCAACAAGUCCAGCAUGGACGACACACAGUACGAGGAUGGAACCUGGUCAUCGAAGAAUGACAAGAUCCUCAUGGGUCCUUAUGACUACGUGGCCGAGCAACCAGGGAAAGACAUUCGGCGACAACUCAUCCACGCCUUCAACGCCUGGCUGCAGGUCCCGCCGGCGAGCUUGGCGACCAUCACCAAGGUCGUAACGAUGCUACAUACCGCAUCACUGCUAAUCGAUGACGUCGAAGACAACUCCGUCCUCCGCCGCGGCAUCCCCGUAGCUCACAACAUCUUCGGAACAGCGCAGACAAUCAACUCCGCAAACUACGUGUACUUUCUCGCCUUGCAAGAAGUUCAGCAGCUCAAAAACCCAGCCGCAAUCGAAAUCUACGUACAAGAGAUGUUAAACCUGCACCGGGGCCAGGGAAUGGAUCUCUUCUGGCGCGACACGCUGACCUGCCCGACGGAAGACGAAUACCUUGAAAUGGUAGGCAACAAAACGGGCGGGCUCUUCCGGCUCGCGGUGAAACUCAUGCAGGCAGAGAGCCCAACGGAGAAGAACUGCGUUGCCUUGGUCAAUGUCAUGGGCUUGAUUUUCCAGAUCUGCGACGAUUACCUCAACCUCUCGAAUACAGUGUACACGGAGAAUAAGGGGUUCUGCGAGGAUCUUACUGAGGGCAAAUUCUCCUUCCCGAUUAUUCAUAGCAUUCGCUCAAACCCAUCUAAUCACCAGCUAAUCAAUCUCCUGAAGCAAAAUACCAAGGAUGUGGAGGUCAAGCGCUAUGCGGUGCAGUAUAUGAAGAACACAGGCAGCUUUGCGCACACCUGUGAGGUUGUCGCAGAUUUGCGAGAUCAGGCAUUUGCGUUGAUUGAGAAGAUUGAUGCUAUGCCGAAGAUCGAUGGAGCUGGUGAUGGGCAAAUGGUGCGUGCUAUUGUGGAAAAGAUCGUGGAGUCGACGCUCUCCGAUUCCAAUGCGCGCUAG